AUGGAGUCUCUGAAACGAGGGAUUUUCUGCCUUUUAUUCCUGCCACUUCUCCCCGUCUGCAGAGCGGAGGAUACAGUCCAGGUGGUUUGCCAGUCAGAACCAGUUGUGGUCACGGCAGGUGAUGAUGUCAUCCUCCCUUGUUCUCUGAGAACCACCAUCAGAACCGUCAGCGCUGUUGAUGAAGUAGUAGAGUGGCAGAGACCUGACCUCAAACCUAAAAAGGUGCAUUUCUACCGCAAUCGUGUUGAAUACAAUGAUGGCCAGAAUCCAUCCUACAGAGGAAGGACGUCUCUGUUUGAAGAAGAAAUGAAGAACGGGAACAUCUCCUUAAAACUGACCGGAGUGCAACUCUCUGAUGCUGGAAACUACACCUGCUUUGUUCCAACACUGAAGAGCCCAGAUCAGAAAGACUCUGUUCAACUCAUUGUUGCUGCAGCUUCUCUUCCAGAGAUCUCUGUUGUGGGAAUUGAUCCCAUGGGAGUAAUCCUAAAGUGUGAGGCUGGAGGGUUGAUGUACAGACCUGAGAUGACCUGGCUGGACAGUGAUGGAAACAUCCUCCCUGUUGGACCUACAGAGACAGUUUCAGAGGGUCGUUACACUGUGAGAGGACAUGUGACCAUCCAGAAGACUGACAACAACAUGUUCACCUGUAGAGUUCUACAGCAUCAGAUCAACCACCAGAUGGAGACAGAGAUUCAUGUCCCAGAUCGAAUGUUUCCUGAGCCAUUUUCGGAGACGUGCCAGUCCUGGUGGAGGUCCUGGUGGUUUGGUGGUCUUGUUUUAUUGAUUGUUGUAGCUGGAGUUCUCUACAUCCUGAAGAGUAAAGGUCUACUGCACUGUGGAAGAAAGUCAUCGAGGGGAGUUGAUCAGCAGGGGCUUUAGUUGUCAGCCUUCUGUACAUUUUUCACUACAUUAAGGUGCAUGUAGAGAUCCUCGCUCUGAUUAAGUUAAAUGUCAGCGGUUCUCCAGUUUGAUGUCGAUGCCCUAGAAUUUCCAAUUUGAAACUGUUUCCUGGGAUUCACCACUUGCUGCUCUCCAGUCUAACUUGUGGGUUACCUUCUCCAGCAGUCAAAUUCAGAAAGUGCUCUUACUGUGUGUUAUAUUAUUUGGUGGAUUUCUCCCCAAUUUUGUAAUGUUCAAUUGCUGAUUAUGGUCUUGUAGGUAACUCCAACGAGUUUCUUAAUGUUUACAGACAUCUAUGGUCAGCUUAUUGCUAGGGCCGGCCCUGCAUGUUAGGCAGCUCCCCCUGACUGACCAGGUCAGUAUGAUCAAACGCUAUUUUAAAACUGAACUUGUGAAUUUUAAGUGUUUUACAUGGAGUGUGUUUGAUAUGUUCUGCUGAAUGCUUUGCCACUAAAAUGUGUGGUUUUCCAAAACUCUAAGGGAGUGAAAUGGUAUUGGGAAAUAGAGACGGGUGACAAAUUAAAGGGAAAAAAUGAAUGAGUGGAGGAAAUUAAUAAGUGCAGUUGCUUUCAUACAGGUGUACUGAAUGAUACAAUUAGGUAAUUAACAUCCUAUCAUGCAACUGGAAGGUCCAGUUGACCUACAUUUUGGAUUAAGAUGGCAGGAGGACAGGAUCGAAGUGACUUUAAAAGGGGGUUCGUUAUUGGGUUUCUUCCAGGACGACAGUGCUUCCAUCCACAGGGCAAGAGGGGGCAAUGAAUGGUAAAGAAUAACAAAAAUUAUGUGAAUCAUAUGCUAUGGGCUUCGCAGUUAGAUUUUUGACUGACAUGUUAGACUGUGAUUUCCUGCCACCAUCAUCAAAACACCAGAUGAGGAAAUAUCUUUUGGGUGAACAUUGUUCCAUCCCUGCAGUAGAGUUCUGUAGACUCGUAGAAUCUAUGACAAGACACAUCAAAGCUGUUCUGGAGGCUGGUGGCCCAAAACCUUAACGAGACACUGUUUUUUUUCUUUAAUUCACCCAUCUGUAUUCUGAGUUAAUGUUUAGCGAUACUUCUAGGUAUUCUGAACAUUGUAUUCAUACACUACUGUAUGGUCAUAUCAUAAAAAUAUAGUGUUCUGAAAAUUUCAAAAACACCAAAUGGUAUUCAAUGCUAACUUUGCCCAUGAGCCUGUCAGACAUUGGUAUUUAAAUUAACUAAAAUGUUAUUUGAUGCUUUUUUUAUACCAACAUUAUG